AUGCACUCACAACUACUCUCAGCCUCCCAAUAUAAUUAUCUCCUCGCUCUCUCAAACACUUCAAAAUUCUCUGUCUUCCUCCUUCACCUACCAGCAACACCGAAAAUGGACUACAGGAAGACGCUGCCGUUGCCGCAAACGUUUUCCCAUAAAAUAGGCUACUCCCAAGAUUCAAAAUAUUUUAAAAGCUUCAAGUCAACUUUCGUCAAGGAGUUUGCGCCUAUAACCAGCGUGAGCUUCUCACCAAGCACGCCGCAUAGAUUUGCAGUGACAUCUGCCACCCGAGUACAGAUAUAUACGCCUAGAUCGCAGUCGGUGGUGAAGACGAUCAGCAGAUUCAAGGAUGUUGCCAGGUCUGGUCAGAUCCGUGGUGAUGGUCGAUUGGUUAUAGCGGGCGACGAUUCUGGUUUGGUGCAGGUAUUCGAUAUAAACUCCCGCGCUAUCCUUCGUACAUUCGACGACCACAAGCAGCCCGUCCAUGUUACAGCUUUCCAUCCUACAGAACAAACCAAAGUUCUUUCAGCUAGCGAUGACUGUAGCGUGAUACUACACGAUAUACCAACUCAGACUGCGCUUCAUAAAUUUGACGAGCAUUCUGAUUACGUUAGGACAGCCAAUUUCUCACCUUCUUCUCCUUAUCUACUUGUUUCAGGAUCUUACGAUCACACGGUCAAACUUUGGGACACAAGAAUGCAGCAGUCGGCCAUGACCAUGUCGACUGGUGGCUUACCAGUCGAAUCCACAUGUUACUUACCUGGCGCAGAGUCCAUUGCGUCUAGCUCCGGUCCUAUUGUGCGUAUCUGGGAUAUCAUGGCAGGUGGCAGAUGCAGGAAAGCGUUCAGUAAUCACCAGAAGGCUGUCACAUCGCUAUGUGUUGAUGGUGAUGAGAAGCGUUUGCUGACUGGUAGCUUAGACCAGAUGGUGAAAGUGUACGAUUUGGAGAGUCUCAACGUUACGCAUACGAUGCGUUUCCCUGCUCCUGUAUUGUCAAUAGCUAUGUCGCCGGAUAACAUUAAUCUCGCAGCUGGAUUGUCGGACGGUACGCUUGCUAUUCGUAGACGUCAAGCUAAGGGUGUAGAAGUCGCUGAAAAGAUUGCUGAGAAGGAGGCUAUGAAAUCUGGUUUGUAUGAGUACAUGCAGGAAGCGCAAACUGUAAAACCCGUAACGCAAACCAGCGUCAAAUCAGAGGGUAAUCUUGCACACGACGAGUUUAAGAUAGAACCAAUUAGAAGAUUAAAAUUGAAAGAGUUUGACAAAUAUCUCAAGAAGUUCCAAUAUUCUGAAGCUUUAGAUGUGACGCUAGCGAAGAAAGCUGCGCCUACAACCUUAUUUGCGUUGUUACUCGAGUUGAUCAAUAGGAAUGGAUUGAAACAGGCUGUAUCUGGACGCGACGAUAUUGGUCUUGAGCCACUUGUUUCUACACUAGUUAAAUGGAUAGUCGAUCCACGGUUCACUGAUAUAGCUGUAGUUGUCGCAUCUACUAUUAUAGACAUAUAUGGAGACGUAGCUGGACAAUCUGAGCUUAUUGACAAUCUUCUCAACAAACUGCGCAAGAAGGUUGACGACGAAAUCAACGUACAGACGGAUUUCAUGAAUGCUAGAGGUGCUUUGGAUAUGAUAUUUGCACAAUCAACACUUAGAUAG